AUGGCUAUUUCUUUCUUCCCCUCCACGCCGGAAGAUGACCAGGAUAAACGUGUAAACAUGCAAUACCUUACCAAUGUGAGGCCUCGUGUCCGUGUCCGUGUCCGGACGUCGCCGUGGACCGCCAUCCCAUCCAACCGACAGUAUGUAACAUGUACGUACUUGAACUUGACGUCACCCCGCCAUCACGCGCAUUGCACCAACCCAACCCAUGGACAGCAAUCUCGUGUACGCCCAACGUCAAUGCCGACGCCGCCAUCCAAGGACUCACAGACCACGACAGCCAUGACUCCGAAUGUCGACCCGGCGAUCCUCAAGGCCCUCGGCAUAGACGGCCAGCACGCCCGGAUUGCCUCCCACGGCGGCUCCGGCUUCUCCGCCACCUUCAAACUAUCCACCACAAUCGACGGCCAACCCGUCAACUAUUUUGUCAAGACUGGUAGUGGGAAGGCCGCCGAGCUCAUGUUUACGGGCGAACAUGCAUCCCUCAACGCCAUCCACAAUGCCGUCCCCAGCCUUUGUCCCAAAUCUUACGCCCAUGGGGCCAUGUCCCUCCCCAACAAGUACUUCCUCGUCACCGACUUUCUCGACCUGGCAUCUACAGCCCCCGGGGGCUCAGGACAAUCUCUCGCCGCCAAACUAGCCAGGUUGCACACUACGCCAGCUCCCAUCCCAGACGGCCAUGACAAACCCAUGUUUGGGUUCCCCGUUCCCACAUGCUGCGGCGAGACCGCGCAAGACAAUUCGUGGAAACCCUCUUGGGCCGAGUUCUACGCCGACAACCGACUGCGCGGCAUUCUCAGAGACUGCGUCAGCAACCACGGCGAGGACGACGAGCUGAGUGAAGCUGUGGAAAGGGUGGCCAGCAAAGUCGUCCCUCGCCUCGUCGGUGAGUCCAACACCAAGGACAUCACGCCGGUCCUAGUACACGGCGAUUUGUGGAGUGGCAACCAUUCCAGGGGCCGAAUCGGCGGCAAGGGCGGCGCAGAAGAAGUCGUCUUUGACCCGUCUGCCGUAUACGGCCAUUCCGAGUACGAGCUGGGUAUCAUGAGGAUGUUUGGCGGAUUCGGCGCCAGCUUCUGGCACGAAUAUGAAGCGCUGGUUCCAAGGGCAGACCCUCGCGAGGAGUGGGAGGACAGACUCGCGCUUUAUGAGUUGUAA